AAACGCUUUUUUUAUUACAAGAAGGGGGUACGUUCUCAAACAUUAAUUCUCUUUAGCACAAUCUGCAAAUCACUGAGCACAUCUAUAUACUGAUCGCACCAUACCACCCCUCUGUCCAGAUUUUCGCAGACUAUCCAGAUUUUUGGUCUGCUCUUUGUAUAAUUUGUGGUUUUCUGGCAAAUUGCUGAGUUUUGAAGUCACUAAAUAAUAAUAAAUAAUGACUGAUAUUUGAGUUUGAGACUUCAUAUCCUUCAUUAAAUACAAAACAAUUCAAGUUUAUAAGCACAAUUUUAAAAAUUUGUCAUUAUUUUUGGGAUUCCCCCCAUUAUUUCUGGCUGCGUCCAGGUGUCUUGACCUGAGAUUGAGAGGUAUGGGACGUACAGUUUUGUGCAUCCCUUUCUACAAAAACAACUUUUAAACAUUUAUUUGAAGAGAAGCGCAUUAUAGCUGACAGCAAGACUCGUUAAGAGGAGCAAAUAAAAAAUCAAAGUAGUUUGGCGAAUGGCGUUGAUACGUCCAGUCAAAAUGACGUCAUACGUUCUUCCUGCCACAUGACUAUAAAUAUUAUCGUUGUAGAAAUGGUGUUCUUAAAAGAAAUUUGUGUUUGGUUCUUGAUAACGAGCACUGUAUGGGGGGACAGUAUUUCACCUCCCACAGCCGAGCUGCGUAAUCUCCAUGUUCAGUUUUCAUCCUCUUUACAUUCCAACAGCGGUGAGCUGCCCGCAAGAAAUGACAGCUUCUUCUUCUUUUUUAAGUCCUACAACAGGACUUACAGGCAGGGCAGCGAGGAGUUUCACAAAAGAUACAAGUUAUUUCAGGAGUCUUUAAGAAGGCAUCAUUUCUUGAGCUCAUCAUCAAAUGCCACUAAUACAGCUACAUAUGGAAUAAAUCAGUUUUCGGAUUUGUCUUCUGAAGAGUUCAGAACUAUAUAUUUAAGGGCAUUGCCUGUACAUGUUCCCAAGUACAGCAAACCAUAUAAGUCGUCAAGGAAGAGAUUGCUGCCAGCAAAGUUUGACUGGAGGGACAAGAAAGUUGUUACACCUGUUAGGAACCAGCUUUCUUGUGGUGGCUGUUGGGCAUUCAGUAUAGUUGGAGGAAUUGAAACCGUGUAUGCACUUAAAGGGCAUCCUCUUCUGGAACUCAGUGUGCAGCAGGUCAUCGACUGUUCCCCUAGAGAUUAUGGCUGUAAUGGUGGUUCUACUGUCAGUGCGUUGAGCUGGCUAAAUGAGAUUAAAGUGAAACUGGUUCAAGAUUCUGAGUAUCCAUUCAAGGCAGAAACAGGAACAUGUCACCAUUUUCCUAACUCUUCUUUUGGAGUUUCUAUCAAAGGGUAUGAAGCACACGAUUUCAGUGCACAGGAGGAAGAAAUGGCUCAAAAACUCAUGGAUUCCGGCCCCCUUGCCGUAAUAGUAGAUGCAGUCAGCUGGCAGGACUACCAGGGAGGCAUCAUACAACAUCAUUGUUCCAGCAGUGAAGCCAAUCACGCAGUUUUGAUUACUGGCUUUGACAGAACAGGUGAUGUGCCAUACUGGAUAGUGAAAAACUCUUGGGGUACCACAUGGGGAUUAGAUGGCUAUGUCCACAUUAAAAUGGGAGCAAAUAUUUGUGGUAUUGCUGACUCGGUGGCUGCUGUUUUCUUAUGAUUGUAUCCAGGGUUAUCGACUGCUGUUGAACAUCUGUUACAAAAACCAUAACACAAUGAAGUCCUUCACACUGACUCUUCAGAACCUUUCUACAGUUAAAUACCACACAUGAUUUUAUUAAUGUGUAUUAUACAAAACUAUAAAUUUAAGUGCAGUGCUUUAUUUUCUUAAAGCAUCUGUAAAUGUUUAUAGUGUUGAUGUAGCAGUCCUUUUUCAAUUAUUUCUAUUUGUAAUUUUUUAUGUUGGAACAUUUUUUCUAGUUUUAAUGUUGCUAUAUACUGAUAUAUUUUAUCACAGCCCAUUCAGGUUAUUAAAUUGUUCCUGUUUUCAUUUUGAAGAUGUGAUGAAUUUUCAGCUUUUGUUGUAACCUCCAUACAGCUCCAUAAUGAGGACCAUGUGUAUAGUUUAAAAAAAAAUGCUAUAUUACACAAUAACUUUCAGUUAGUAGUAAAUAUAGGGAAAUAAUAUUCAUGGAAAGGCAUUUAUGCAAAAUUGUAAAUGAGUGGAAGCUUAUUUGUCUGUUUGCUCAUAUAAGGCUACUGACUUGUUAAUUACACAAAAUGGUGCCUUUGUUUCUGAAUGUCUGAUAGUCUGCAGGGCUGCCCAGGUCCUCAUUUAAUACAUCAACAUUGCUUUCAAUUUGUCCUCACCGUUAGGACAUAUCUAAAAAUUGUAGUUUGUUUUCUAUUAUACUGAGAUGUUUCAGUACAGAAUCUUAGUUUUCUGCACUACUGUGAAGAAAAUUGGAAACAUAUUUAUAUGUGUAAGUUUAUGUAAACACAAUAUAUAAACUCACAGUACUGAAACUUAUUUUACCAGCUAUCAAAAUACUUACAACUUAAAAUACUGAUGCUUUUAUAACUGAAUGCAAUACUAAAACGUAAUAGUAACUAUGUAUAUAUAGAGGCAUGUCUCUUCAAAUUCAUGCAUAUGUACCAAAAAAAAAAAUGGCAGAUGUGUUGUACGAUGUCGCUGUCAUUACUGGUAGUGUGUAUAGCACUAUGCAUUCACAGAAGGGAGGGUUUGUAAUUAUCAUUGAUGGAUAUAUUUAUCACUUAGAAAGGACAGUUCACUUGAAAAAAUGUUGAGCUUGUAAGUGUAAGCACUCAAGUAAUUGCAAAGGUAGAGCUGUUAUUACUAUAGUUCCUGAUGCUGAACAGUUUGUUACAUCUGUGGGUCAUAACCAUAGCAGAGACCGUACUGCCACAGAAAAGUAUGAAGGUAAAACAGUGCAUAAGUAGAGAUAUGCUGUGCCUUUUGGUAGAUAAUGCUUUAGCUUCUACCUCCCUUGACUCCAUCCAUUGUUUACCCAGCAAAGGGAUCUCUUACAGCAAAUAGGUCGAGUAAGAAGACAAGCUAUACAUGAUGAAAUGGUGGAAAUCUAACCAUAGCUGUUGAUUUUACAAAAUAUCCAUUAAAGUCUGGAAGAUUUAUAGAAAAAUGCUUUAUUUAUCCAUUGAUUGACACUACAGUUGUGGUAUUCAGCACAGUUAACAACUUGUAUGAUUUGAUUAGAGCAGGUAUUUGGCUAAUGGAUGGCACUUAAAAAGCAUUGUAUGCUAGCAACUUUGCAAUAUCCAUGGCUUAGUAAAGUAUGGUGGAUAUUGCAAGUCAGUACCCUUUACUGUUUUGUUUGAUGUAAAAAAAAAUGUCUCUCAAAGCUUGCAACUUAAUGUGGCAAGGCGCAUUUCAUUUGUUGUUAGAGAAUAGCUUUGCUUCUAACGUGAAAUAUGUUUUAUGCUACUUUGUGGUAGCAGCCAUUAAAAGUGUCAGAAUUAAUGUAAGUGGCAUGAUUUCAAAGGUUUUUUUUUUUUCGUUUUGGAGAAACUGGAGGAAAGUGCAAUCUUUAGGAUUUAAGUACAUUGUAUUCUGUUAGUCUCCAGCUGUCUGUUAAAUCUCUUGCUGAACUUGCGUUUUAAAUGAAUAGUAGUUAGUAGUGCAUUUCAAUGUUUGAAAGACACAUUUCCAGUAAAGGGAAAGGAUUUACUAAAAUACUUUUCCAAUUGGUAUUUGCUUGGAAAGGCUAGAAAAUUAAAUAUUAGAACCACUUCUUAUGCCAUAUUUCCUCCAUUGUUUCCAGUAUCUUUUUGCAAUAUAUUGGAGUUAAAUGCUUUUUGUUGAGGAAGCAGAAUUCUGUAGAGGUAUGGCAUAGAAGAUUGAAAAGUUUGUUGGGCACUAGGUCAACAGAUUUGUCUGUUUUAGUAUCUACUAUAGUGAGGGAGCAAAACAGAAUUGACUAACUUUGUGUUAGAAUGUCAAAGGGAUUUCCACCUUCUCCUAAGAAACGGAAGUUACUUGUUCAUCAUGCUCCGUUUUAAACCGUCCUGUAGAACAAAAGCAGCUACUCAUGUCUGGAAUUCAUACGAGCCAUUACAAAAUUUUUAAAAUGUAAAGUAAGUUUUAGUAUGAAUGUGGUAUUUGGAGAAGUGCAGGAGAUUGAAUUUUGAAAAGUUUUACUUUAAUUUGCAAAGAAAUUUCAUUGUUAUUUACGGACUUCCUUAAUAUUUUAUUCUCAUAAGCAUUUCAAAGGCAAAGGGGAACAUAUGUCACAUCUGUGGCUUAAAAUUCGGUAUUUUGAAAGUCAGUAUUGUCAGUUUUCAGUAUUUUGAGAUUUCAGGAUUGUGGACUCAGUCAAAUAAGUUUCAGUAGCGUGGGUUUUGGUCAUGUGAAGUAGAUCCAGAUAUAUAUAUAUAUAUAUAUAUAUAUAUAUAUAUAUAUGUGUGUGUGUGUGUAUAUUUCCAUACAUAUAUGUAUUCAAAAGUCAUUUUAUCAACAUUUUUUUAUCAAUAGUUCAUUUAGUCUAACUUGUUUCAGAUAGAGAAAGUACACCAAAAAAUAGAGAAAGUACACCAAAAAAUAUUUUUGCAAGGCGUACCCCUGCACCAUCCCCACACCCCCUCCAUAGAUGCACAACCAGAGAAAAGUGCAAGUAUCACUCACAGUGAAUCUUUGUCCAUAUUUAACUUUUUCCAUGGUUGUGUAUCCAUGGACACAUAUUUAAGUAAGGCAGAAUAUGAUGGGGUAAAGACUCUACAUGGCAGUUUCGGGGGGAGGGGGGUUUACCCCCCUGCAAAAACAUUUUUUUUUUGUUGUAUUUUCUGUUUCUGAAAUAUGUAAGUUUAAAUGCAUCAUUGAUAAAAUGACGUAUAGAUAAUAUAUUGUGUUUAAAUAAAAUGUAUAUGAGUUUGCAUAUCGGCAUCUUUGUUUAUUAAACAUUAGGGUUUUUUUCCAGAACAUACCACUGCCUCGGUCAGGAAUGCAAACAUUAGGGUGUUUUUCCAGAAGAUACCACUGCUUCAGUCAGGAAUGCAAACAUUAAAGAAAUAUACUGGUGAUUAUACAAUCUACUGUCACAUUUUAAAAUCAUAAUGAAAGAUGAUGACAUUCAUAAUGUUUAAAUUCUUGUUUCAGAUAUGUGCAAUUUAGAAAAUUAUUUUUAAUAAAAAUAUUUUUUGCA